AAUGAUUCCCCAUCCUCUUUCUCCUCUUUCUUUCUUGUAAAGCUCUCUGCAGGUUUUCUACCAUUCCUGCUGUGUAGCAUCCGUCAAUCCUUUUUUAUUUACUAUUCCACCCGAGUCGCUCAUAGUCCGCGACGGUCAUGGCCAACCGAGAGGACCACCUGGCCUACGGCCAUUAUUACAACGAAGAUGGGACUCGUGGCGGUCAAGGUGAAAGUGCAAGGGGUUUUGUUGGGGAUACUUUCAAGAAGCUGAAGGAAACUUAUAAAACCCAUCAUUCGCAGCAGGGAGCGCCCAGGCCCCAGCAGCCUCAAGGCCAGCAGUCUCAGCCCCAAGGAUCCAACCAAGGAUACUACGGUGGUCAGAACUACAACGAGCAGAGCUCGUCGCAGAACGCAUACGGCCGUCCUCCUCAGCCCCAGUAUCAAGAUCCUAACAAGCCUCAGGGUAGGCCCCAGAGCAAGCCGCCCAAAGAAGAUAAGCUCUCCGGGCUGUUUGGUAAACUCCAGGGCGCUGUUGCAGAAAUCGGAAAUGAUCUCGGUCAGCGUAUAGGAACCGCACUCGACCCAGAGGCGUACGCCGAAUAUGGACAGGUAAAGCCACAGACACAGCACAGAUUCGGCAGCUUCGCCCCAGACCGACAAGGCAACGACGUUAAGUGGUAUGUGGACGGAUGUUCCUAUUUCUACGCCGUUUCGAAGGCGUUAGAAAGCGCAAGAGAAUCAAUCUGGAUCUUAGAUUGGUGGCUGUCUCCCGAGCUCUACUUGAGACGACCUCCCAAGAAGAAUGAACAAUACCGACUGGAUCGGAUGUUGCAGUCAGCAGCGCAACGUGGGGUAAAAGUCAAUAUCAUUGUGUACAAGGAAGUCACCCAGGCAUUAACUCUCUCUUCUCAUCAUACUAAGCACUGCCUUGAAGACCUUGACAAAAAUAUUGCCGUGUUCCGCCAUCCUGAUCAUCUGCCGGACCGUCAGAGUUUGGCCGAGGACAUCUCUACGUCUCUUCACAACUUGUCCUUGGAUGCGAAAAACCUCGUCCAAUUGUCAGGAGAUGCCAUCAAAAACAUCUACGGCAUGCACGACGAUGUUGUUCUCUACUGGGCACACCAUGAAAAGCUUUGCGUCAUCGAUGGCAGGAUUGCAUUCAUGGGUGGCCUAGAUAUGUGUUUUGGCCGUUGGGAUACAAACCAGCACGCACUCGCCGAUGUCCACCCGGAGGACAUCAAUGAGAGCGUGUUCCUAGGCCAAGACUAUAACAAUGCCAGGGUGCUCGAUUUCCAGGAUGUGUCCAAUUGGGAGAAGAAUCAGCUGGGUCGAAAGACAGCCUCCCGCAUGGGUUGGUCUGAUAUCUCCGUGAGCUUACACGGUCAUGUCGUGGAGGAUUUGCGGCGACACUUCAUCGAACGUUGGAACUUUAUCUACGAUACGAAGUAUGAUUCGCGCAAAGACGCGAGAUACUCCAGGCUCGCAAUGUACGGUCGACCCAGCUCGUCAAACCGCCCACAGCAGCCGGGUGUUCAGCAGCAACAGGGCGCAUCUCCCCGGCCCAGCACUAGCAGCCAAGGGGCACCUAGUUACCAGCAACCUCCGGCAUCGCCACAGCCGGGUCUUUCGGCCAAGCCCCAGGCACAGGCAACAGGUAACCAAGCCUACCAGCAAUCGGCCACCUCGCCGCAGCCUGGUCUUUCAAGCUACUUUACUGCCUCCACGGCAAAUUACCAGGCUGCCUCCAGCCCCCAGCAGCCUGCCUCUGGCGCUCCUCAGUCCACGGAUAACACCCAGAACUAUACUUACACUGGGCAAUCUUUCCCACCACCUCCUCCUGGGCCGCCACCAUCUCAGAGCCCUGUUCCAUCUCAGGGUCCAACUCAGGGCCAAAGCCAGGCAUCGUACUAUGCACCUCCUUCGACCCAAGAAUCGUCGCAUCCUCAAGCUCCGUCUCAGGGACAAAGCCAAACACCAUACUAUGCUCCCCCUCCAACCCAGGAGCAGGUGGGACAAGACCAACCACCACAAUACGCAGCCCACACUCCUCUCCCGACCCAGGAGAAACCGCACUCUCAAAAUGCAACUCAAGGACAAGGUCACGCGGGACAAGGCCAUCCACCACAAUACACCGCUUACGGUCCUCCCCCAACCCAGGAUCCGGCGCACUCUCAAGCUCCGUCUCAAGGACAAGGCCAACCACCACAGUAUGCAGCUUACGGUCCUCCCCAAACCCAGGGGUCAUCGUAUUCCCAGACGCCAACUCAGGGGCAAGCCCAGGGACAAAGCCAAGCACCAUACUUCCCUCCUCCCCCGACCCAGGAACCGGCGCACUCUCAAGCUCCAGCUCAAGGACAAGGCCAACCACCACAGUAUGCAGCCUACACUCCUCCCGCGAGCCAAGAGCCGUCGCACUCUCAGACACGUGGCAUUGAUGACCAUUAUGAGGGCACGCGCGGACACGGUGACAGAGAAAGAGGCUCGGGCCUUAUCCCCCGUCGUUUCCGAGAUGAGUUCACUCAAUACUCAAAUGUUCUUCGUGGUCAACUAGCUGGCCAAGUCCAUCAGUACCAGGAUCGUCUGAGCUCAUUCGGUCAUCCUUCUCAGCCUCGCGGCAAUAUGUGCUGUCAGAUUGUCCGUAGUUGUUCUAAGUGGAGCAAUGGCACACCUACCGAACAUUCAAUUGCCGAUGCGUAUGCUGCGAUCAUCCGGAACAGUGAACACUUUGUGUAUAUCGAGAAUCAAUUCUUCAUUACAGCUACUGGCGAGGACUCCCAAAAGCCGGUAAAGAACCAGAUCGGUGCUGCGAUCGUCGAGCGUAUUUUGCGGGCAGCGCGUGCUGGGGAGAAGUGGAAGAUGAUUGUGGUGAUUCCAUCUGUUCCCUGCUUUGCUGGUGAUCUGGCAGAUGACUCUACUCUCGGCACCCGGGCUAUUAUGGAGUUUCAGUACAACUGCAUCAACCGUGGCGGAAAGAGUAUCAUGGAGCUGGUUCAUCAGGCGGGAUACAACCCUAUGGAUUAUAUCCGCUUCUACAAUCUCCGUAAUUACGACCGUAUCAAUCUUAGCGGUCCGCUCGUGCAAGCCGAGCAGAGAAGUGGUGUCGACUAUGAAGAUGCUCGCAAGCAGCAUGAUGUCAAUGUUGUUGGGCAGGGUGGAUAUGGUCCAGGAGCCCCCGCUCCCCGGAGCGCAUUCGAUACCACGGCUCCUUUCCAGCAGUAUCAGCAGGCUGCUCGCGAGGUUCCUGGCGCCAAGACUGCCUCUGGCCGAUGGGACAGUGUCAGUUCGUGCUACAUGCUCAAUGGAGAGGAUAUCCGCAACGUCCCUUGGGAUGGCCCUCCUGAGGCCGAGAUUGACGCUUUUGUAACUGAGGAACUUUACGUUCACUCAAAGGUCAUGAUCGCCGACGACCGCGUGGUUGUUUGCGGUUCUGCCAACUUGAACGACCGGUCUCAGCUUGGUGAUCACGAUUCUGAGAUUGCUAUUAUCAUUGAGGACUAUACUCCUCUUCAGUCCACCAUGAACGGCAAGCCCUGGACAGCUAGCCGUUUUGCAGCUUCCCUGCGUCGCCAGCUGUUCCGCAAGCACCUUGGCCUUCUUCCGCCACAGGACUACCAGCGCCCCGAUGCCAACUUCGAGCCGGUUGGUGUGCCCAAUGACUUUGACUUUGACGCUCCUGAGAGUCGGCUUGUGGCAGAUCCGUUGGCGGAUACUCUUCAUAACCUGUGGAACAGCCGGGCGAACACGAACACUGAAGUCUUCCGCAAGGUGUUCCACUCUGUUCCGGAUGACUGCGUACGCAACUGGACCACGUAUAAAGAGUUCUAUGGUUACUUUUUCAACAAGGCGGACAAGCAAGCGUAUGGCGAAGAGAGGGAUGCGCCACCCGCCCGGUACCGGUAUGGACACGUUGUGCGGGAUGACUUCCCGGGCGGUCCUGAGGGGGUUCGACAAGUCAAGGAACUGCUCAGUAAGGUCAAGGGCACGCUUGUGGAGAUGCCAUUGAUGUUCUUGAUUGAAGAGGACGUUGCGAAGUCGGGAUUGGCAUUGAACGAUAUCACGGAGCCGCUUUACACAUGAUCUAGCUUAUGUCGCUUCUUGGUAUUUUGCGUGGAUUCUUUUCAUUGAGAUUCUAACUAAAUGAAUUUGGCCUUUUGCUUUUUUUGGGAUAUUAAUCCAUUCAUUCAAUCAUUGAACCAUUUAUU